UGCAAACAACUAAACCGUUAUUCUCGUUAUCUUCCAUCGUCACCUCGUCUUCGCAAUCACUCUUUCAGAUAAAAAACGCAUUCAUUCCACCCCAUUUUCAAAUCCCAAAAUUUCGCAAUUUUUUUUUUCAAAUCCCAAAAAUUCCUCAAUAUUAAUCAUCACUCUGAAAAAUAAACCAAAAUCCCAUAAAAGUGCAUAGUAAUGGCGACCCUAGAAAGCUUGAUCGGAUUAGUGAACAGAAUACAACGUGCCUGUACUAUCUUAGGAGAUCAUGGUGGUGAAGGAAUGUCCCUCUGGGAAGCUCUUCCUACUGUCGCCGUCGUCGGUGGUCAGAGCUCUGGAAAAUCAUCUGUACUGGAAAGCGUCGUGGGUAGAGAUUUCCUGCCACGUGGAUCAGGCAUCGUCACAAGGAGGCCAUUGGUACUUCAAUUGCAUAAGACUGAGGGAGGGGCUGAAUAUGCGGAGUUUCUGCAUGCUCCAAAGAAAAAGUAUCCUGACUUUGCUGCGGUACGUCAAGAGAUAGCAGAUGAGACAGACCGCAUUACAGGGAAGACCAAGCAAAUUUCUAAUGUUCCAAUUCACCUGAGCAUUUAUUCUCCUAAUGUGGUAGAUUUAACACUCAUUGAUCUUCCUGGGUUGACAAAGGUUGCUGUAGAGGGACAACCAGAGAGCAUUGUUGAGGAUAUUGAAAUGAUGGUCCGUUCUUAUGUGGAAAAACCCAAUUGCAUCAUAUUGGCUAUUUCUCCAGCCAAUCAAGAUAUUGCAACUUCUGAUGCAAUAAAGCUUGCAAGAGAAGUCGAUCCUUCAGGUGAAAGAACAUUUGGAGUUUUAACAAAACUUGAUCUGAUGGAUAAGGGAACCAAUGCCUUGGAUGUACUUGAGGGUCGAUCAUACAAGCUUCAACAUCCAUGGGUUGGAAUUGUCAAUCGUUCACAGGCUGAUAUCAACAAGAAUGUAGAUAUGAUGGCCGCUCGCCGGAAGGAGCAGGAAUAUUUCGAAUCCAGUCCUGAAUAUGGACAUCUUGCUCAUAAAAUGGGAGCUGAAUAUCUUGCCAAACUUCUAUCUAAGCACUUGGAGACUGUGAUUAGACAGAGAAUACCAAGCAUUAUUGCUCUAAUAAAUAAGACAAUUGAUGAGCUAAACUCUGAGUUGGACCGAAUAGGCCGACCUGUUGGUGUAGAUGGAGGGGCACAACUGUACACAAUUUUGGAAAUGUGCCGUGCAUUCGAUCGAAUAUUUAGAGAACACCUGGAAGGAGGGAGGCCAGGUGGCGAUAGAAUAUAUCGUGUCUUUGACCAUCAGCUACCAGAUGCUCUUAAGAAGCUUCCAUUUGAUCGUCAUCUUUCAACGAGUAAUGUCAAAAAGGUUAUUUCUGAGGCAGAUGGAUACCAACCUCACUUAAUUGCUCCUGAGCAAGGGUACAGAAGGCUAAUUGAUGGAUCCCUUGGCUUCUUCAAAGGCCCCGCUGAAGCCUCAGUUGAUGCAGUGCAUUCCAUUCUGAAAGAACUUGUGAGGAAGUCAAUCGUAGAAACCCAGGAACUAAAACGUUUUCCGACACUUCAAUCUGAUAUAGCAGCGGCAGCAAAUGAUGCUCUUGAGAAAUUUCGUAAUGAAAGUCGAAAGACAGUUUUACGGCUGGUGGAGAUGGAGUCUUCUUACCUGACAGUUGAAUUCUUUAGGAAGCUUCAAACUGAACCAGAAAAGACCCCCCAAAACCAGGCACAAGCAGCAACACCAAAUGUUGACCGUUAUUCAGAUAAUCAUCUAAGGAGAAUUGGUUCAAAUGUCUCUGCUUAUAUUAAUAUGGUCUGUGAAACAUUGAGGAAUACUAUUCCUAAGGCUGUUGUCUUUUGUCAAGUCAGAGAAGCAAAGAGGUCAUUAUUAAAUCAGUUCUAUGCUCAAAUCGGAAGGAGAGAGAAGGAGCAGCUGGGGAAAAUGCUGGAUGAGGAUCCCUCUCUCAUGGCAAAGAGAGAGACCAUAGCCAAAAGGCUUGAGCUAUAUAAGUCAGCCAGAGAUGAGAUUGAUGCUGUUGCAUGGAAAUGAUGAGUCCCAGUUUACUAUGGAAAAACAUAGAGGUAACCCGAAAAAAUAAUUCAUGUUCUGGAUAAAAUAUAAAAAUAAAGUGGUAGGAGAUGAAACCAUUGUUAUUUAGUGGAUGCCAUGUUCUUUUUACGAUGCCAAUAUACCUUUUUGCAAUAAGGAAGGAUUUCAGUUUCAAAAUUGGUAAAUUCUUAUUUGGUGGUGCAAAAAUACCAGGAGUAUUAAAGUGCGCUGCCACGAUUUAUUUCCUUAUUUGUUAUUCUUUCAUUCUUUCUAAUUCUAAGGGAUUAGUCCAGUUUUGCUUCUGCUGAGCAUCACAUGCCAGGAAAAUUAAAUGAGUAGCGUAUGUUACUUUGCUCGAACUCCAAUGAGUUAUGAUGGAAUUAUUGCUUCAUUGAGUCUU